AUGGAUUAAUUACUUCUUUACUUGAAGACAUGGUUGAAAUGGGAUUGUACAUGGAAAGAAUUGCUGAUAGCUAUCCACCAUAUAAUGUAGAUAUUAGGAAUGUUGAAAAGGUGGUGGAAUAUAUAGAUAACAUACUUGAUCAAGUUAAGAUUACAACCAAUAAGGCUCUUGAAUAUAUUGUACAGUACCAAGAGUAUUCUAUGGUAUGGCUAACUAAUCAAAACGAUGCAUUGUCAUCUUUUCUAUUAUAUGGUAGAGAUCUGUCAUUGGAAGAACUAGAAAUUCAAUAUGACGUUGACGAAGACGGAAAUCCAUUAGUAAUACAUUCUGCUCCAAAACUGAUUGAUUUUCAAAACAAAAUUAACUCAUUUGAUAAUAUUUAUCAAAAAGUCGAUAAAAUAGAUGAAAUCGUGACGUUUGAUUUUUGGUUAACUUUAGACAUUAAACCAUUUAAAAGGGAUCUUUUAAAACUAAUUACAAGUUGGUCAGAUUUAUUUAAAACUUAUUUGGUCAACAAAGUGGUGAACAGUUUGCGUUCAUUACGAGAUUUCACAAUAGAAACAGAUAUUGGUCUUUUAAAACCAUUAGAAGAAGGGGACUAUGAAGGUCUUGUUAAAAUCAUGGGACAUUUAUUUAAUGUUCGAGAGAGACAAGAAGAAUAUGAUUCAAUGUUCGAGCCAAUAGGAGAAAUAUUACAUCUACUGAAAGUGUAUGACGUAGAAAUGCCAGAAGAUGUGUAUAUUUUGAAGCAGGAAUUACCGGAAAAAUGGAGCAUAACUAAGAAAAAUGCUUUGAACGUCAAAUCUCAAGUAAUUCCUUUAAUUCAAAUAGAAGGAUCAGUAAUAAUCGGGAGAAUAAUUUUGUUAAACGUGCGAGAAACGUUUUUCAAAAUGAACUUUAUAAAACAGGCUCAAUUUAAGUAA